GACAGAAGUUCAGUCUCGGUUUGCCGGUGCACACUGCCGCACAUCUUUGCUAGCUCUGUCCGCUCAGCCUUUGAGGCGACGCGUACAUCGAUUCUUUCAACCCGUUAUCAGCUGCCCUAAGCCUACUUUUCUACUUGUUCUUUCUCUCUCUAAGUAACCCAUAUCGGGGACCAUUGUUUCACGGCCAGCCUGAGUUCGCGGUCAGUUUCCAAGUGUUCAUAGUUUGAUACUGUUCUGUGUUCAAUUCAAAGUCAAAGAUGGCCCGUUCGUUGAUGCGCUUUGGCAAAUAUCUCGGCCAAAACUACAGUGCCGUCGCUGCACCCUCGCUCUCGGUGACAUCCGUCCGAAACAGGUCCUCCGAUGCUCGAAUUCAAGUGGCAAAGCCCGUGGUGGAGAUGGACGGCGAUGAGAUGACCCGAAUCAUCUGGCAGUUCAUCAAGGAAAAGUUGAUUUUCCCUUACAUCAAGGUUGAAUGCCUGUACUACGAUCUGGGGCUACCCUAUCGCGACCAGACCAACGAUCAAGUAACGAUCGAUGCUGCUCACGCGAUCCUGAAGCACAACGUAGGCAUCAAGUGUGCUACCAUCACUCCGGAUGAGGCCCGCGUGGAGGAAUUCAAGCUGAAGAAGAUGUGGCUCAGCCCGAACGGAACCAUUCGUAACAUUCUCGGCGGAACGGUUUUCCGUGAGCCGAUCCUGUGCUCCAACAUUCCUCGGCUGGUGCCGGGCUGGACGCGACCCAUCAUCAUUGGCCGUCACGCGCACGGCGAUCAGUACAAAGCGCAGGACUUUGUCAUCCCGAAGCCGGGUACCGUGAAGCUCGUCUACACUGCCGAUGAUGGAACUACGCAGGAGUUCCAACUGUACAAGUACAAGGACGGAGGUGUUGCCAUGGGAAUGUACAACACUGACGAGUCGAUCGCAGCAUUCGCUCAUUCCUCAUUCCAGAUCGCUCUCGGCAAGAAGUGGCCGCUAUACCUGUCGACUAAGAAUACUAUUCUGAAGCGCUACGAUGGACGUUUCAAGGAUAUCUUCCAAGAAAUCUACGAAAAGAACUACAAGAAGCAGUUCGAGGAUGCCAAGAUUUGGUAUGAGCACCGCCUGAUCGACGACAUGGUUGCCCAGGCCCUCAAAUCCGACGGUGCCUUCGUGUGGUCAUGCAAGAACUACGACGGAGAUGUCCAGUCCGACAUUGUCGCCCAGGGUUACGGUUCUCUAGGUCUCAUGACAUCCGUCUUGAUCUGCCCUGACGGAAAGACCAUCGAAUCGGAAGCCGCUCACGGAACCGUAACACGGCAUUACAGAGAACACCAAAAGGGUCGCCCCACAUCGACCAACCCCGUGGCGUCGAUCUUCGCGUGGACCCGCGGUCUGGAGCACCGCGCCAAGCUGGACAACAACCCGGAUCUGGCCCGUUUCGCAACGGCCCUGGAGCGUGCUUGCGUCGAUUGCAUAGAGUCCGGCAAAAUGACCAAGGAUUUGGCGAUCUGUAUCCACGGAGCCAAGAAUACCAAGGAAGGCAUGUACUUGAAUACCCAAGACUUUUUGGAGUCGAUCUCUGAGCAGCUGGAACGUUCGUGGAAGAAGUAAGAUGUAUGUGUGAGUGCCAUUGUGUGCGGUAACAUUUGCGUUAGGUCUUAAGAAACGGUGAUAAAAAUAAAGUUUUAAAAAUUAAA